CUCUUCCCACCAGAAGGAAGGUAAAGGCAAAGCCGUCCCAGCCGCCGUCACUCACACCGUCAGUGUUCGAUUGGCAGCUUUUUAAGCCCCAGGGAAAUCGUCUCCCGUCUACGGAUAGAGACGGAUCCCUCUCUCUCUCUCUCUCUCUCUCUCUCUCUCUUUUUAUAUAAUUUCUGGAGAUUAAUAUCUUGGCUUCGGUUUCGACUUCCUGCUUCGCCAGAUCCAGGAUCUCUUCAAUUGCUCCAACUUCUUUCGGCUUCUUUUUUGUUUCAAGAAACCAUACUGAGCUGAUCUUCAUUGGAUCAAGGAGAUAGCCAUGGAUUUCAUGAAGGUUUUCGAUCAGGCGAUCAGGGAUAUAACUCGGGAGGUGAACCUAAAGGUUCUCAAGAUCCCUGAAAUCGAGCAGAAGGUUCUUGAUGCUACAAGCGAUGAGCCGUGGGGUCCUCAUGGAUCUGACAUGGCGGAGAUUGCUCGGGCAACAAAGAGUUUUACAGAGAGCGAGUUGAUUAUGAAUGUUAUUCGGUCGAGAUUAAGGGAAACCGGUCGGAAUUGGCGCCAUGUUUACAAGGCAUUGACUGUGCUGGAAUAUUUGAUUGCACAUGGUUCCGAGCGUAUUGUGGAUGACAUUAUAGAAAUUACUCAUCGGAUCACAUCUGUUGCAGAAUUUGAGUAUGUUGAGCCUAAUGGAAAGGAUGUGGGUAUAAAUGUGAGAAAGAAGGCGCAGACUGUCUUGGAUCUGUUGCAUAAUAAGGACAAAAUUCGGGAAGUUAGAGAAAAAGCGUCUGCAAAUAAAGAGAAAUAUAUUGGUUUGUCCUCAACUGGAAUAACGUACAAGUCAAGUUCUUCAACUUAUGGUGGAAGUGGGGUUAAUUGGAGUGAGCGAGAUGAAACAUUUGCUGACAGUUACAAAGGCAAAGAUUAUAAUGGAUUUGGCACUGACAGCAAAGCAAGUUUUAAAGAUGACUUUUAUAAAGAAACUGGUGAAAAACCCGGAAGAGGCGAUGGAAGCGAGACUGAAUAUAGCAGUUCUAGGAAGAGAACAGGAAAAUAUGGGAGUGCCAGUAAGGAAACAGUAAAGCAGUACUCUUUGAACAAGGGCCACGGGUCUGUAUCUGCUUCCCAGAAUUCAAAAACAUCCCAGGAUUGUGUUGAGGAUGACUUUGAUGAUUUUGAUCCAAGGGGCUCUUCGAGUGUGGGUGGACAAAAUGAUUUUGAUCCACGGGCCUCUUCUAGUGCUGGAACGGCAACUGCAAAAUCUGGGCAUGAUGAUCUAUUUAACAAAAGCCUAAUUGAUGAUCUCAUUGAUAUACAUACCGAUGUCACAGCUGAAAAUAUUUGCACAGGCAGCAGUGCUGUGCCUGAAGUUGAUUUGUUUGCUGGUGCAAAUUUUGUUUCUGCAUCUUCCCACGCGGAGGCUGGAUCAGAUUCUCAUUCUCAGGUGGAGUGUGAUCUCUUUGCUCAUCAAUCAGCAGCCACUGCUUCUUUUUCUCCAACAGUUGAUCUUUUUGCUUCACCUGAGCCUGUUUUGCCUUCUGCUGCCAAGCUUUCUUCUGAGUCUGACAAAAUGCCUAUGGAUGAUCCAUUUGCAUCAGUUCCAUUAAAUACCUUCCAAGAUUCUGAUCUCUUUGGUGCCUUCACCUCUAGCAUGGACGCACAAAGCAGUAAUCCUCCUAAGGUGGAAACACUGCCAACAGAAUCUAAAGGAAAUUCCACUGAUGGCCUGCAAACUCAAACUAAGAACUCCUUUAGUGAAUCUAAGGCUCCACCCAAGAAGGAUACCUUUCAGGUCAAGUCCAGUAUCUGGGCUGAUUCAUUGAGUCGUGGCUUGAUUGAUCUCAACAUAUCUUCUCCCAACAAGACUUCACUUGUUGAUAUUGGGAUUGUUGGGGGGCUGAACGAUGUAUCAGAUCAGAAAGACGAGAAGGAUUGGACGCUUCCAGCAUCGUUUCAGAUGGGCAAAGCCAUGGGAACCGGAUCUGGCCUAGGCAGAGCUGGCUUUACAUCAACGUCAUCCUCAGAUGGAAGUUUCCCUGACCUAAGCCAGCAGUUUGGAAGCUUUAAAUGAGUGAGCUAUUCUUUACAUAUUUUGUGUUUCUGUGAAAUUAUGUUGCCCAUAAUGUUCCCUUGGGAUCUUUAAACCUUUCGAUGUCUCAUCAUAUCUAAAUUUUAUUGAAGUUGCUUGUACUGAACCUGGAGUUCUUCGGAACCUACAUUUUUUAUAUAAUGGUGAGUAUGUUCUCUUUUUUA